CCAAUUAGUUGCCGCCUUUCGUCCACGCGCAGACGCGUCUGCUUUUGUUUGUUUUUGUUUUGCUUUUGUUUUGCUUCGACGACAGCAACAGCGGCUGCAAUUGCGAUGCGUGCUUUGCGAUGGUGUUUAUAGCUGUGCAUCUUGGUGCUGGAGUGCACUCGCAAAAGCUGAGCAAACGAUACAAAGCCAUCUGCAAUGAAGCCUGCAGACUAGGCACCCAUCUCCUCAUCUCACACCCCUCGCCGUCCGCGCAAACAGUCGCCGCAACAGUUUGCAAAUUCCUAGAAGACUCCAACCUCACGAACGCCGGCACGGGCUCGAACCUGACUGCCGCGGGCACGAUCGAAUGCGACGCGUCGAUCAUGAGCUCCGAGUUCUGCCGCGGCGCCGCCGUCGGCUGUAUCUCUGGCGUGAGGAACCCGGUGCUGGUGGCUGAGAGACUGCUGCGGCAGUCGUUUGUGCCGUUAUCGGCUGGGCGGGUCGCGCCGUUAUUUUUGGUUGGCGAUGGUGCGUUGCAGUUUGCAAAAGCUCAAGAUAUGGAACUGGCGACUACAGAAGAUCUCUCCACUCGAUCCUCAAUCAUCAGGUACGAAUACUGGAACGAGAUUCUAGACCCAUCCACCGACAAUGAUCCUGAAGAAGCUGCUCACCGGGGAGACGACGAAGUGCUUUGCGAUUUGAUUACUGAUACAGUCGGAGUUAUCUGCGUGGACGUCAACGGAGAGAUCGCGGUUGCCUCGAGCUCUGGUGGUGUUGCAAUGAAACAGCAAGGUAGGAUCGGUCCUGCUGCACUUGUCGGGAGUGGGAUAUGGGCGGCUAAGGAUGAUGCUGGGUCUAAGGUCGCUGUCUGUACCAGCGGGACAGGAGAAGACAUAAUGAGCACAAACCUUGCGAGCCGAUGCGCGCAAACGCUACUACGACCACCCACCACAUCCCCCAGCGACGACCAAGACGAGCUUCGAUUAGUAUCCUCCCUCCUCUCCACCGACUUUUCCAAUUCCCCCGCUUUGCAACUCCGUCCUGCGUCUGCUGGUAUCCUAGCGGUGAAAACAGAGCUCGGCAAUGAGGACGGCGGGAACGAUGUACUUCUUCAAGCCGUGUAUGGACAUACGACAAAGUCGAUGUGUGUGGGGUUCAUGACUCCAGAUUGGGGUGCUCCGAAAGUUACCAUAUCGCGGAAUGAGACCGGGGCACCUACGGUUUCUGGGCUUGUCGCCCGAAUGCGACUAUAGAAUCUAAUAUACAUUUUGCACAAAC